AUGGCUCACCUCCAACUUAUUCUCGAUCGUCUCAUUGUUGAAAACCUUCACGGGCCUAUAAACUCUGUUUCAACCUCACAUCAACCUCGAGUAUCGAGAAACGACGGUUCGCAAACUGAAUUAUAUGCCACGUUUCAACAGAGAGAUGAUCAAGAUCUGGAUGCUGGGGAUCCAAGCGAUAGUAAGAACGAUGAUUUGCUGUUCUUCGUUAGACAGACAAACCCUGAUAAUGAAGACCUUGAUCCAGUGUUUGUUAAAAGAAAACCGACACCACGUGUAAUGCCAAGUCUUGAUGAUGCAGUAUUAUGGAAAGAAACAUUUUUUCUCAAUUUGAUUGUUCAGUUACCAUGUAAAUUAACGGUUGCUGUAUGCACUCGCACACCAGCUGAUAACGCAGAUGGACCUAGCCAAAAAACGAGUAUGACAUGCUCAAGGAAGCAUGUAUCUAAACGUGUUUAUGCACUUCCAACCAAAUCAAGAAUGGAUAUUAAGGAAACAUCCAUGGAAUGCUCCUAUCCAGUUAUUUAUUAUGUUAUAGAUGAUUAUGAAGAAAUGUUUGAACAUUUGAUUGUCAGUGAUGGUGAAUAUUUGCGUAAUAGUCGACAUCGAAAGUCUAUGACAAAUGAGCCAUUUCCACAGCAUAAUGAUACAAAAAUAACCUUGUUUCAAGGUGCAGCUUCUUAUAGUGCUUUGCUAGACAUUUACAAGCAGAAAACAGCAAACAAACAUAAUAGAAGAUUUAAAAUGGGUCCUCAGACACCACCUACAGAAUAUAUCAUGAUGCGAGGACCAGGUGGAAAGGGACAUGCUCAGGUGGCUAUCACGGCAUCAUCUUUGGAAGAUGAUUUUUUAGAUAGUACAUCUCAAUCCACAUCUCCUCCAUCUACAAAUAUUACUUUUCCUGGCUCAGGACCUGAUAAUAAUUGGCCAGGGAAUAAUACAAUUACCAAUAAUCAAAAUGGUAAAUCUACAACCCGAAGUCAAAAAACGGGUUCAACUAACUCAUUUUUUCAAUCAUUGAAAAGACUUUCACAAUCAAUAACCGAUAGACCUGUACGAGAUCCAGAAAAUUUAAAAUGCUGUAUGACAUUUGUGAGCGUCCAUUGGACUAGCAUAAUCACGUAUGGAAAAUUGAAUAUCAUUCUCUGUAAUUGA